GACACAGCGAAUCUGUCUCUAACGCAACUCAUAGUUGGGCAGAGCAUGCUAGAGCAUAGUGGAGCACGCUUAGGCUAGACCAACCGUGCCCUUUGUCUGCUUGUUGGCACUAUGUCUGGAAAGGCCCUUUUUGGAAAGCAGUAUGAGGGUGCAUGGGUGACACCUCGCUGAGUGAGUAGUCCUGUCUGUGUUUGUUUACGGUACAACGCCUGACUGGAGGCAAAGUAGACAAGGCAGGCUUGGGGCGGGGGGUUUACCUCCCCCCUAUCCUGAAUUUCCCUUAGGGCACACUUCCACUUGGCUGAUAGUAGCACAAUAGCAGGAACUUGUCAGCCAGGCCAGAACAAAGCCUCUUAAAACUGGAACCAAUUUCCUGUCUGUCGAAACAGGAGCAAGCCUGCAAUAAGGAUUAUGGAUAUUUUUUCCCCUCCCAUUUUCCAUUUGACUCCAUAGGCUACUGACCACACAUGACCACAUUACGGCAGCAUUAAGAGCACUAGAGUUUUUCUGACAGAUCCCUGAGGAGAAAAAUGUCAAGUUAUCUAGAUGAAUGUUUCAAAUUUCAUACACUCAUUUCGUCAGCUCUCUCCCUUUUUCUUUUUUCACACAUACACAUACACAUGGAGUUAUUUAGAGCAAAUAGAGAGUUUGUUUCUUUGUUAUCAACUGUCACCUUUACAAUUUACCUUGACUGUGUCAUUAGUCAGUGUUGGUAAACCUACGUUGAACCGAUAGAUGAACAAUGGGCACAGUCAUGUACGGUCCAGCAUGUGGCGCUCGCGCUUUGCCACGAGUUUCCAUGAGAAUGCUGUGGAGUCAGCAGGAGUGUGUGUGCAGGAGCGACUCUCGGGCAUAAACUCGCUCUAGCAUCUGGCGAAAGAAGCCACACACACAAGGCACAGUCGUCUGGCCAAGUACCGUCCGGCACUCACGGGAUCAUGCGUUCGUAGGUGUACGAGACUGGAGGUCUGGAGAACUCCGCAGAGCUGGCGGGCACGGUGGCUGGGAGGUUAACUUGCGACUAUCCUCCUACAAUUGCGUCUACUGUAGCCACCGAAGGAGACAGCAUGGUGGCCAAGGAUUACCCAUUCUACCUCGUCGUGAAGAGAGCCAAGUGCUCUUUAGAGGUACAGACCUUGAGCAACAGCCCAGCUAAAGAAGUUGAGGAGCCCAGCACCAAGCGCAUAAAGCCACUCGCACGCGUCACCUCCUUGGCCAGCCUCAUCCCCCCAGUCAAAUCCGCUCCCCUCAGACGCAUUGGACAGACUCUGCAGCGCUCCAUCAGUUUCCGCAGUGAAAGCAGGACGGAGGUCGCGCCCCCCAGGCCAUGGACUCGGCCCGCCCCUCCAGCAGUCACCAAGAGGCGGGACAGCAAGCUUUGGAGCGAGACCUUUGACGUACGUCUGGACCAGAUGCUGUCAUCCAAAGAGAUCAAGCGGCAGGAGGCCAUCUUUGAGCUGUCUCAGGGGGAACAAGACCUGAUUGAAGAUCUGAAACUGGCCAAGAAGGCAUACCACGACCCCAUGCUGAAGCUGUCCAUCAUGACAGAACAUGAACUCAACCAGAUCUUUGGUACACUGGACUCUCUCACCCCUCUCCAUGAAGACAUGCUCAGUCGCUUGAGAGAAGCCCGCAAGCCUGAUGGAUCUACAGAGCAUGUGGGACACAUCCUUGUCGACUGGCUCCCAUGUCUAGACUCGUACAACAGCUACUGCAGUAACCAGGUGGCUGCCAAAGCCCUGCUGGACCAUAAGAAACAGGACCACCGUGUGCACGACUUCCUGCAACGCUGCCUGGAGUCUCCCUUCAGCCGCAAGUUGGACCUGUGGAACUUUCUAGACAUCCCACGCAGCCGCCUUGUCAAAUAUCCCCUCCUGCUGAAGGAGAUCCUCAAACACACACCCAACGACCACCCUGACCGUCAGCACCUCGAGGAAGCAAUGAACAUGAUCCAACAUAUAGUGGCAGAGAUCAAUGCACAGACGGGGGAGUCCGAAUGCCGCUAUUACAAAGAGCGUCUUCUUUACCUGGAGGACAAUCAGAGAGACCUACUCAUUGACAGCUCCCGCAUCCUAACCUGCCACGGGGAUCUGAAGAACAACAGAGGAGCUAAACUGCACGUGUUCCUGUUCCAGGAUGUGUUGGUGCUCACCCGCGCCAUCACCCAGAGUGAGCAGCUGUGGUUCCAGCUCUGCCGUCAGCCCAUCCCUGUGCGUCUGCUGGAGUACGAGGAUCUGCCGGACGGAGAGAUCCGCCUGGGCGGCUCCAUCAGAGGGGCCUUCAGUAACAACGAGAGGACCAAGAACUUCUUCCGUGUGUCGUACCGCUGUGGAGGCCAGCUGCAGGCCCACUGCCUCCAGGCCAGUGACACCUUCAACAAGCAGCAGUGGCUCAACUGCAUCCGGCAGGCCAAAGGUGCAUCCUCCGUGGCUGCUGCUGCUGAUGACUUAAACCUCCUCUCUCCCCGACCAUCAACCCCUCUUCUGGGCUCCUCGGUGCCCACGCCAUCGCCAUCGCACCCCGAGCCCAUGGAGGGCCUGGAGCAGAGCAACGCUGAGCUCUCCCACUGCAGCAUGGACUACAGCGAGGGCCUGGGCCUGGGCGCCCCCAAAGAACACACACACGAGUUGACAGGGGAUUCUUAAGUGGGAUCAACAGCUAGCUAAUGGAUUCUCCAGACUGUGACAUGGUAGGGUGUAAAGGUGGGGUUAAUACCAUAGACAUAUAAUCUAUAUAUGUCUAUAGACAUAUAAUCUAUAUACAGUAUGUCUAUGGUUAAUACCAU